AAUAAUAAAUUUUAAUAUGGAAGAAAUAGAUUUAUCAAAAACUAUCUUCAUUGGUAAUCUUCCAGCUUCAACAAAUGAAAGUGAUUUAAAAACAUUUUUUCAACAAUCUGGUCAAGAUUAUAUCGAAGCUUUUAUUCAAUAUGAUUUCGCCAUUGUUGAAUUGGAUAAUCAUGAUAAUGCCAAAAAUUCAAUUGAAAAGCUCAAUGGAACUGAAUUUAAAAAUAACUGCAUUCUUGUGGAGUGGGCUCGUAGACCAAAAGAUCAGUGGCUUCAUCGUAGCCCAGUACGAUCAGAAUAUUUCCAAGCUACAAAAAAUAAAUUUAGUCUCAAAGUGAGAAAUCUUUCAAGUGAUGUUACUUGGCAGGAUCUAGAAGACCACAUUGUAAAAAGCUCAGCUACUAAAGUAAUAUUCACUGAUACUUAUAUGAAUCGUCAACAUAAUUUGGGAUAUGUAGAGUUUGAGACAGAAAAUGAUUUUAAGCUAGCUUUGAAUUGGCUUAAUGAUUCUAAAUUGAAGGGUAAAAGAAUUAGAUUAAUUGAUAAUACAGAGGUUGAGAUAAGACCUUGUUGUUCUCGAAAUUCUGAUUCUUCAAGCUGUUCAGAGUCAGGUGGGUCAGGUGCAUGUAGUCGUGCACGUAAACGUAGAAGACGUCGCAGUUCAAGCUGUGACUGCUGCUGAUGCACAAACUCUCCAAGAGAUGAUGAUA